CCAUGUUGCUACCCAGAUCCUGUUGUACGUCCUCACCUUGGACUGCAGGUUUACCACCAGAGCCGGACGAGGAAUCUGGGCAGAUUUGAGAUUCUGGGGUGAGGGUGCCAUUCAAGUCUCCUGGAGGAGAGGAAGUCAAGGAGAGCUGUGAUCCUCUGCUACUGGAACUUUCUCCAUCGAGCAUCAUGGAGUCCAGCUCUGAUAUUUUGUCCAGGCAAGGAGAGGCGAAAAAGCCUUCCAGCAGAGCCCAGUCCAGCUCAGCUCCUCUCCCCGAGUGCCUGUCCCCUCCGACUCUGCUGCUGGGUCGCUUGGCCGGUCCUUUCGGCAGACCGGAUACCAGCCAGCCGUGGCCGUGAUGCUGCCAGCCUUGUGGCCUCUGAUGUUGGCGUGGAAACGAGAGGAUGCACUCAACCUUCCUGUUCUGAUCAAGCUUUGGGGUCUUGACCCUCCUUAAAAAAGGACACAAUGAAGAUCUGUGCCAGGUCGGGCAGAUCUACCCACAAGCAUCUGCUGCAUGUCUCUCUGUAGUACCACCCUGGAAGCACCUGGCUCGUGCCACACAGCAGCAACUAGAGCCCAGAUGGCUGCUAAGCAGGAUGACACCUGGGGCCCUCCUUUUGUCUGCAACUGCGAAGACAGUCAAGAGGUGACUCAUACUGAUUUGAUCUAAAAGUUUGAUUCAAAACACUGAAGUAAAAAAAAUAUUUACAAAAGAGAAAACUGAUCUCAACACUAAGCAGUAAUCAGACAUAUUUAGAACAAAUUAAAUCAUUUUAAUAUAGGACUGGAAAAAUUACACACUAACGUGAUCACUCCAGCUGCAAUGGAAAAGAACAGUGUUGCCUCUAGAAAACAUUUGAAGAAAUGCCAGUUUUGAAAAAUGUCAUCUUUAAAAGGCGAAUCUAAAUGUCAGAGAGACGGAUACUUUACACAUAGAGAGCGCUGCCUUCUGGGCGUAACACAGAAAAGUGUGAGAAUAAUAUUUUUUCCCAGUUGGAAUGAACUCCAAUUACCCGUCAUCAAGCAUAUAAAGCAGUAUGUACCCAGUCACAUAGCCUGGAGAGGAACGUGGUCACUAUUCACAGCAUUAGUCAGGAAACCACAGAGGAGGCUGCAUAAAAGUGAAAGUGUUUCUGUUUGUUCCAAACAACAAUGAAACCUUAGUUUUACUAUGUUACUGAGAUCAAAUUUACUGAAUUAAUCCAAUAAGAAAGAUUAGUAAAGUGAAGAAGAUCUUUCAUGGAAGAAAAAACAAAGAGUCAGAGUACCCGGCCGAGAGGGUUAUCGGGGUCUCACCCUUGAGCCAGGCCUGGGGUUGGGGCCCGUGAGCGAGCGCCUGGUGCCUGGGCUUUCACCCAUCGGGCCCGGCCGGGCCCAGCCUGAACCGGAUACAUGGGCUCAUCCAGCUGUGGACCUACCACCCGCAGGAGGAACUUGAAGGGUCCGGUGGCGUGUGGAUCGGGUGGCAGACCGAGGCGGGAGCCUUGGCGGUCCGAUCCCCGGACAAGGAAACUGGUUAUUGGGACAUGGACCGUCACCUUGCUGGCGGGGAAGGAGCAGGAGCUUGUGGCAGAGGUUGAGCGGUACCGGCUAGAUAUAGUCGGACUCACCUCGACACAUAGCAUUGGCUCUGGAACCCAAGUCCUUGAGAGGGGUUGGACACUCUCCUUUGCUGAAGUUGCUCCGGGGGAGAGGCGGAGGGCUGGGGUUGGCUUUUUGUUAGCCCCAAGACUCUCUGCCUGUGUGUUGGGGUUUACCCCGGGGGACGAGAGGGUAGCUUCCCUGCGCCUUCGAGUCGGGGAACUGGUCCUGACUGUUGUUUGUGCUUAUGGGCCAAAUAUCAAUUCAGAGUACCCACCCUUUUUGGAGUCCCUGGGACGAGUGCUAGAUAGUGCUCCAUCAGGGGACUCCAUUGUCCUGCUGGGGGACUUCAAUGCUCACAUGGGCAAUGACAACAUGACCUGGAGGGGUGUGAUUGGGAGGAACGGCCCGCCUGAUCUGAACUUGAGUGGUGUUUCGUUAUUGGACUUCUGUGCAAGCCGCAGUUUGGCCAUAACGAACAACAUGUUCGAACAUAAGGAUGCCCAUCGGUACACUUGGUACCAGGGCAGCCUAGGUCGCAGGUCGAUGAUAGACUUUGUAGUCGUAUCAUCUGACCUGUGGCCUUAUGUUUUGGACACCUGAGUGAAGUGAGGAGCGGAGCUGUCAACUGAUCAUCACCUGGUGGUGAGUUGGAUCAGAUGGCAGGGGAAGAUGCCGCGUAGACCUGGCAGACACAAACGCAUAGUGAGGGUCUGCUGAGAACGCUUGGCACAAGAACCUGUCAAGACGGUCUUCAACUCCCACCUCCGGCAGAGCUUUGACCGCGUCCCGAGAGCAGUGGAGGACAUCGACUCUGAGUGGGCCUUGUUCCACUCUGCGAUUGUUGAGGCGGCUGUUGCUAGCUGUGGUCGCAAGGUGGCCGGUGCCAGUCGUGGUGGUAACCCCCGUACCCGCUGGUGGACAUCAGAGGUUCGGGGAGCCGUCAGGCUGAAGAAGGAGGCCUACAGGGCUUGGCUGGUCUGUUGGUCUCCGGAGGCAGCAGACGGGUACCGGAUAGCCAAGCGGGGUGCAGCAGUGGCAGUUGCCGAGGCAAAAUCUUGGGCGUGGGAGGAGUUGGGUGAGGCCAUGGAGAAAGGCUAUCGAUCUGCGCCAAAGAGGUUCUGGCAAACUGUCCGGCGCCUCAGGAGAGGGAGGCAGCAACUCGCUCACACUGUUUACAGUGGGGAUGCGGAGCUGCUGACGACCUCAUUCCAGUGCUUCCUCUGUGGGAGCCCUCUGCCCCGGCGGCAGUGGUCGGCUGUGGUGGCCUGGGUGCUUUCCAGGUGUGCCUAGGUGGAGGUGGGGUCUCUGCCCUCCCUGCCCUGGGCGCCCUGUGUCAGUGCCUCAGCUGCUGCUGUGAAUCUGCUGCUGCCGGGGCGAAUGGCUCCCCGGAUGGUGUUUCCUUAUCCUUAUCUUAGCUGGUCUGGCUCAUCUGAUCUCAGUCAAUUGUGUUUUUUUUACCAUGGGGAAGGGGGCAUGUGUGUGUGUGUGUGUGUGUGUGUGUGUGUGUGUGUGUGUGUGUGUGUGUGUGUGUGUGUGUGUGUGUGUGUGUGUGUGUGUGUGUGUGUGUGUGUGUGUGUGUGUGUGUGUGUGUGUGUGUGUGUGUGUGUGUGUGUGUGUGUGUGUGUGUGUGUGUGUGUGCGCUGGAGGAUGAGUGUUGUGAAGGGGUUUUUAUUGUCAGGCUGUUUUUAAAAUUCUGGAGAUGGGAGGGAGUGUGGGUAUGCGGGGCCAUUUUAAUUUGUUAAGCACUUUGAGUUGCAUGUAUAGAAGGAUAAAGUGCUAUAUAAAUAAAAGUUGAUUGAUUGAUUGAUUGAUUGAUUGAUUGAUUGAUUGAUUGAUUGAUAUAGUCGGGCGGCAGAAAGAAUACUUUGAGGAACUCCUCAAUCCCACCUACGCACAUUCCUAGGAGGAUCCAGAGCUGGGAGACCUGGGGAUGGACUGUCCAAUCUCGGGGGCAGAAGUUGCUGAGGUAGCCAAACAACUACACAGCUGCGGAGCCCCGGGGGUGGAUGAGAUUCGUCUUGGGUAUCUCAAGGCUAUGGAUGUGGUAGGGCUGUCGUGGCUGACGCGUCUCUGCAACAUUGCGUGGUCAUGGGGGCAGUUCCUGUGGAGUGGCCAUCGACAUGGGAGAGGCAGACCGGGGUGGUGGUCCCCAUCUUUAAGAAGGGUGACCUGAGGGUGUGUUCCAACUAUAGGGGGAUCACACUCCUCAGCCUCCCUGGAAAGGUCUACUCCAAGGUACUGGAGAGGAGGGUCCGAUCAAUAGCUGAAUCUCAGAUUGAGGAGUAGUGUUGGGAGUAAUGCUGUACAGAAGUAAUUAAUUACUGUAAUGCAUUGCUUUUUGUUGUAAUGUGGUAAUGUAAGGCAUUACAGGGAAAGAAAAUGGUAAUAUUUACUCAGUACAAUUGUCAGUAACGCAGUAAUUACAAUGCAUUUUAAACCCAGAAUCAAGAUAUGUUUCUUAAAAAUUCAAAUUGCGGUAAACCCGAAGAAAGAUCCAGUAUCUGUAUAUAUUACGUCAUUUAUGGACUCAGCUUUGCGGGCAGAGAGGACGCAGCGGUACCGGCUCAAAUACUCCAGCUGUGUCCUCCACGCGGCCGCUGUAACAUUCACAAAAUCGCUCCACUAAAACAAAAUAAUUCACUUGCGAUCGUUCAUAUCAGCGCAUGUUCUCUGGUAUUCUGUACUUUUCUGACGUGCUUUGCCUCAUCUGAGUUAAUCUGGGCCCCGGUGAUUUUAACUCAUUGCUGCUUGAGCGCCGCGCAUGUGAAGAUCCCUCUGGCUGAUCGUUAGAAAGUAGGAAGUCUAGGAAACAGUUUUUCUGGAAGACGGAGAAAACAUGCAGCAUGCAGGGAGGUUAGAGAGAGAAAGGGCAGGAAAUAAUUCAAAUAAAAUCAAGAAAUCAAACAAAGUGCUUGAAAAGAAAAAAGUAGGUAGAUUUAUCCCCAAUACACAUUUUUACCAGUGAAAAGAAAUUAUAUAUAAGCAUUUCAUAUUUAUACAUGUGAUAGAAUCAGAUCACCCCAGAAGUCAGUCCCACAUCCAGGGCCAUAUCAAGGCAUUUGGGGACCAAGGCUAAAUAGACUUGGAGCCCCCACCACCUCACUCCCUGCUCAGUUAAUCUAAGAUGGCAGCAUGUUGAGAGUACAGAUUGUUGUUGCAUUUAUUUCAUAACCAAUGCUUCUAAAGAUCUGUUUUUAACAGCACUCCUAGCUCAGACACCACAUUACCUUCCACCGGAUGUGUCAUGAGUUCACCAGGCAUCAGAUUACCAAACUCAUAUUGAAGUUGUUUUGUUGAAAGUAACUUAGAGUAAUGCAAAAGUAGUGUAAUGCCUUACAUUUUAAAAUCAGUAAUAUUGUAAUGUAAUGAGUUACUUUAAAAUGAGGGUAACAAGUAAUAAAUAAUGUAUUACAGUUUUGAAGUAACUUGCCCAACACUGUUGAGGAGGAGCAAUGUGGUUUUCGUCCUGGCCGUGGAACUGUGGACCAGCUCUAUACCCUUGCAAGGGUGAUGGAGGGGGCAUGGGAGUUUGCCCAAGCAAUCCACAUGUGUUUUGUGGAUUUGGAGAAGGCUUAUGACCAUGUCCCCAGGGCACCCUGUGGGGGACGCUCCAGGAGUAUGCGGUGGGUGGCCUUUUGUUAAGGGCCAUUCAGUCCCUUUACCAGAGGAGCAUGAGUUUGGUCCGCAUAGCCGGUAGUAAGUUGGAGCUGUUCCCGGUGAGGGUUGGACUCCGCCAGGGCUGCCCUUUGUCACCGGUUCUGUUCAUAACCUUUAUGGACAGAAUUUCUAGGCACAGCCGUGGUGUGGAGUGUGUCGAGUUUGGUGGCUGGAGAAUCUCAUCUCUGUUUUUUGCGGAUGAUGUGGUCCUACUAGCUUCAUCCAGCUCUGACCUUCAGCUCUUGCUGGGUAGGUUCGCGGCCGAGUGUGAAGCGGCUGGGAUGAGGAACAGCACCUCCAAAUCUGAGACCAUGGUUCUCGAACGGGAAAGGGUGGCUUGCCAACUCCGGGUUGGGAGAGAGGUCCUACCUCAAGUGGAGGAGUUUAAGUAUCUCGGGGUCUUGUUCACGAGUGAGGGUAGGAGAGAUCGGGAGAUUGACAGGUGGAUUGGUUCGGCGUCUGCAGUGAUUCUGUUGUGGUGAAGAGGCAGCUGAGCCAGAAAGCCAGGCUCUUGAUUUACCGGUUGAUCUACGUCCCAAUCCUCACCUAUGGUCAUGAGCUUUGGGUAAUGACCGAAGGAAUGAGAUUGCGAAUACAUGCAGCCAAAAUCAGUUUCCUCCGUAGGGUGGCCGGGCUCAGCCUUAGAGAUGGGUGAGGAGCUUGGACAUUCAGGAGGGACUCGGAGUAGAACCGCUGCUCCUCCGGAUCAAAAUGAGUCGGUUGAGGUAGUUUGGGCAUCUGGUCAGGAUGCCUCCUGGACGCCUCCCUGGGGAGGUGUUUCGGGCAUGUCCUACCGGCAGGAGGCCCCCAGGUUGACCCAGGACACGUUGGAGAGGUUACAUUUUCAAUCUGGUCCGGGAACGCCUUGGGGUCCUCCUGGAGGAGCUGGUGGAGGUGGCCGGGGAGAGGACGGUCUGGAGCUCCCGUAGUUGGGAUGCUGCCCCCGCGACCCAGGCCCGUAUAAGCGGAGGAAGAUGACGACGACGAGUAAAGUGAUGUUUGUAAAUGUUCUAGUGUUGCUUUAAAGGGAUUUUUGUAACUUGUUCAUUUUUUAUUACGCCAGUAUGUGCUAAAAUGACCCUUUAAAGAAUUAAGGUGGCCAGAAUGUUCCACUUGCAACUUCAGGCUGGUGGGUCGCUCUGUUGGGACUUAAAACUAAUUGAACUGACAUACGUGGUGCUGCAGUCUGGUUCCAACAUGUUUCCUGCAUGCUUUUGAUCAUGAACACAGCUGGUUAGUUUAACUUAGUGAUUAAUCGCUCCUGUAGACACUAAGGAAGCCUGGGGAGAGAUUUUAGCUGUUAGAUCAAUGAUUGAAUAUAGAACACGGACACUCUGGCGACAUCUAGGGUGGUGCAACAAUAAAACACUUUUUCCAGGUGUUGGAGUGUUGGUUCACUACAUUCAUUUGUAUCUUCCCAUAUAUUUUUCAUUUAAAAGCCUAAUACUUCUUUCUCUGCAGAUUUUUAACGAAUAUGAUUAGUUUGAAAAAGUGCUUGUGCUUACAGGAAUAUAAUAGAAGUUUUUAAUCUGUGUCCAUACUAUAAAGCCACUCAGAUACUUCAGGUUUGCUCAGGUUUGUCUCAAAAAUCAAAUUGUUCCCUCUUUUUUUGCAGGAGGACUGAUCUGUUGUUUGCUUUAAUUCCCUAUACAAAUAAAUAAAAUUUUAUCCUAUGAUUUGAAUAUGUUUACAUUUAAAUGGAUUUUCUCUUCAUUUCUAGUAUAAACCCUUUAUAUUUUGCAAAAUCAAAGAAAAUGGUGAAAAUUUAUACAGUAUCUCUGUAGAUAUGCUACUAUAGGCUUAGACUGCUGUAACACAUGACCACUUUCCACAUUUUACUACUUUCUUCUACAAUUUCUCUCUUAAUUGCAUUUUUUCCUGUUAUUUCAGCUGUUAACUUUAUUUUUUUCUCCUCAAAAGAAGCUACAAUGGUGUUCUGCUGAGCUGUCCUCAUGGAGGGAGCCAUCGGCUUGAACACUGCUGAUAACCACUUAACAUUGUCCCUCUCCUGAUAAUGACAUUUUACUUUCUUUGACAUGGAAUGUGCUACUACUAGUUUACCCAUUUAAUUUUAAAUUCACUAGAAUAAAUACAAUAAAUUUUAUCUCUCACUAUAUAGAACAUUUACUAAGAAAUCACAAUGUAACCAUUGAAUCUGCUGGGUUCCUUAUAUAGGAAACGUUUUACUGAUUGGCUUAAUGAACUGACCUGUAUUGGAAUGUUUACUAUGUGAAGUGCCUUGAGACGGCUCUUGUUGUGAUUUGGCGCUAUAUAAAUAAAUUGAAUUGAACUGA